GAGCUCUAGAGAGAGUCUAGACGCUGAUUUGCCAUGGCAGAGCUCAUGCAGAAACUCAUGCUAGGGACGCUUCCACGGGCAUGCUUGUUUCUCUUCCUCUUCUUCCUUGUGUUUGUGGGUUACUGGUUCACCGGAAAGUUCAGUGCAAAAAGGAGGCAGCGCCUCCCGCCUUCGCCGCCGGCGCUGCCCAUCAUCGGGCACCUCCACCUCAUCGGUUCCCUCCCCCACGUUUCCCUCCGCAACCUUGCAAAGAAGCAUGGCCCCGACGUGAUGCUCCUCCGUCUGGGCGCCGUGCCCAACCUCGUUGUGUCCUCCUCGCACGCCGCAGAGGCCGUGCUGCGCACUCACGACCACGUCUUCGCUUCACGGCCCCACUCCGUCGUCUCCGACACCAUCAUGUACGGCUCCUGCGACAUCGGUUUUGCGCCAUACGGUGAGUACUGGCGGCAAGCAAAGAAGCUCGUCACCACCCACAUGCUGAGCGUCAAGAAGGUGCAGUCGUUCCGCAGCGCCGCCGCGGAGGAGAUCAGCAUAGUGGUGGCCAAGAUCAACGAGGCAGCAGCUGCUGACGGUGAGGUGGACAUGAGCGAGCUGCUCCACACAUUCGCGAAUGACAUGGCGUGCCGCAUCGUAUCGGGGAAGUUCUUCUUGCGAGAUGGUCGAAGCAAGUUGUUCCGGGAACUCAUCAAGGAUACCUCACGGCUACUAGGAGGGUUCAGUUUGGAGGAGUACUUCCCGGCAUUGGGUAGAGUAGGUGUACUUAAGAAGGCGGUUUGUGCCAAGGCCAAAAGAGUGAGGAACAGGUGGGCGGAUCUGCUGGACCAGGUGAUCGACGAUCAUGUGAGCAAGCGGAAGUUAGCGUCUGAUCACAAGGAUGACGAUUUUGUGGAUAUUAUGUUAUCUGUCCAACAGGAGUAUGCUCUCACAAGAGAGCACAUGAAAGCUCUCCUCACAGUGAGUACACAUAAUACCUUUCAAACUAAACAAGUUGAUUUGUAUAUAUCUUUCAUUGUCCUAAUCAAUUCAUAUACACAGGAUGUCUUUUUUGGUGCGAUAGACACAUCAGCUAACGUCCUUGAAUUCACCUUGGCUGAGCUCAUGAGGAGGCCACACAUGAUGGAAAAGCUACAAGAUGAGGUGAGGGGUAUUGUACCCCAAGGACAAGAAAUUAUCAGUGAAACCGACAUGAAUAAUAUGACGUACCUAAGAGCAGUCAUAAAAGAGUCGCUCCGGCUACGUCCUGUUGCUCCUCUCCUUGCUCCGCACCUUGCCAUGGCUGACUGCAUCAUCGAUGGAUACAUUGUUCCUGCUGGGACGCGUGUGGUCGUCAAUGCGUGGGCCAUUGGUAGGGAUCCGAGCUCCUGGGAGUACCCGGAAGAGUUCAUUCCUGAAAGAUUUACAGAUGAAGGCAGCACUAUGCAUAUCAACUUCAAGGGGAAUGAUUUUCAGUUCUUGCCAUUUGGAGCAGGACGGAGGAUGUGCCCUGGUAUGAACCUCGGAAUCGCGAAUGUCGAGCUUAUGUUGGCAAACCUUGUGUGCCAUUUUGACUGGGAACUUCCCCUUGGGGUUGGGAGAAAAGACAUUGAUAUGACAGAGGUGUUUGGGCUAACCGUCCGUCGGAAGGAGAAACUAUUGUUGGUUCCAAAAUCACGCAUGUAGUCGCAAAAAUUAAACUAAGCUAAAUAUUGUGUUAUAUGCAUUAUAAUGCUUUUCUUUGUAAAGAAGGUGUUAUCGGAAAUAAUGAUACAAAUAAAUAAUGACCAAUUCUACAAA